AUGGCCAUUGCAGGUGCCAGGGGUCGUCUGAUCGCAGUUAUCGGUGAUGAAGACACGUGCACAGGAUUUCUUUUAGGUGGAAUUGGUGAAUUGGACAAAAAUCGACGUCCAAACUUCCUUGCUGUUGAUAAGGAUACCCCUCUACGGGAAAUCGAAGAGGCCUUUUUGUCAUUUAUAAAGCGAGAGGACAUAGCGAUUAUACUCAUCGUACAAAAUGUCGCAGAAAUCAUUAGACACUUAAUCGACUCCCAUACCAGUCCGAUUCCAGCGAUUUUGGAAAUACCAAGCAAGGAUCAUCCAUAUGACUCAAAUAAGGACUCCAUUCUCAAGCGAGCCAAAGGAAUGUUCUCUGCCGAUGACUUUCGUUAA